GUGUUUCUUGUUCUUCCUCAUGGCAUCUUCUUCUCAGUUUUCUGGUGCAAAGUAUGACGUAUUUAUCAGCUUUAGAGGCUCAGACAUACGCCAUGGUUUUCUUAGCCAUUUGAGAAAGGAAUUGCGGCAGAAACAAAUUGAAGCCCAUGUGGAUGACAGACUCGAAAGAGAAGAUAAAAUGUCACCUGCACUUGGAAGAGCGAUUAGAGAAUCACUUAUCUCACUAAUCAUAUUUUCAAAGGAUUAUGCUUCAUCAAAGCGGUGCUUAGACGAGCUGGUGCAGAUUAUUGAGUGCAGGGACAACCAGAACCAGAUUGUAAUUCCUGUUUUCUAUAACACAGAUCCCUCAGACGUGAGGCAUCAAAAAGGUUCUUAUGGAGACGCUUUAGCCAAACAUGAUGAGUAUUACAAGGAAAAGGUGCCAAUUUGGAGAUCAUCUCUGAAUAAAACUGCUAACUUAUCUGGGUUUCACUAUUUAUCCAACCAUGCGGAUGAGGCUGAGCUUAUAGAAGAUAUUGCCAAAUGUUUGUCAACAAGGUUGAAUCUUAUGUACCAAAGUGACUUUACAGAUCUUGUUGGAAUUCAUGAAAGAAUUGCAGAUUUAGAAUCACUAAUGAACCAAGGAUCAGAAGAUGUUCGUGUCAUUGGAAUUUGGGGUAUGGGCGGUAUCGGUAAGACAACUAUUGCCGCUGUAAUAUUUAACCGAUUUUGUUCCGAAUUUGAAGGACAUUGUUUUUUGGCCAAUGUGAGAGAAGAAUCAAAGAAUCAUGGAAUCAUUUGUUUGAAGAAUAAAAUGUUCUCUAAACUACUCAAGGAAAAUGAUUUACAUAUCGGUACACCAAAUGGAAUACCCCCUUGUGUCAAGAGAAGGCUUCUUCGAAAAAGGGUUCUUGUUGUUCUUGAUGACAUUAGUGAUUCGGAUCAACUAGAUAAUUUAGUGGGAGCACUUAACUGCUUUGGACUUGGGAGUAGAAUCAUUAUAACAACUAGAGAUAAGCAAGUGCUAGCUAAAAAUGUUGAUAAAAUAUACGAAGUUAAGCCUUUGAUUCGUGAUGAUGCUGUUCGACUUUUUAUGUUGAAUGCCUUUGAGAAUAAUGAUGUGGAAAUGGGGUGGAUUGAAUUGUCAAGGAAGUUUAUUAGUUAUGCUAAAGGCAUUCCGUUGGCUCUGAAAGUCUUAGGUUCCUUCCUUUAUGGUAAAAGCAGGCAAGAAUGGGAAAGCCAACUUGAGAAGCUCAGCAAAAUGCCAAAUGCAAAAAUUCAAGAUGUGAUGAGACUGGGUUAUGAUGAUCUAGAUAGAGAAGAGAAGAACAUUUUCUUAUAUAUUGCAUGUUUUCUCAAAGGAUAUGAAUCACAACAGAUAAUUGUUUUGCUUAAUUCUUGUGGUUUCUCAACCAUUAUUGGGUUAAGGGUCCUUCGAGACAAAGCUCUUAUAACUGAAGUAUCAAACUCCAGAAAAUCAAUAAUAUCUAUGCAUGAUUUGAUCCAAGAGAUGGGUCGGGAAAUUGUUGGUGAAGAAUCUAUUGACAAUCCUGGAAAACGUAGUCGAUUAUGGGAUGCUAAUGAUAUUUAUCAAGUAUUAGCACAUAACACGGGCACUAAAGCCAUUCAAAGCAUUACUCUGAAUGUAGCAAAAAUUGGAGGGCUCUGCUUAAUUCCUCAAGUCUUUUCUAAGAUGACAGAGCUAAAGUUUCUCAAGUUUUCCCAACAUGAUUUUCAUGAACAAAUCCUCCACCUUCCUCAAGGACUUGAAUCUUUGCCAAAUGAACUGAGAUUUUUUGAGUGGGUUUGCUAUCCUUUACCAUCCUUGCCUUCCUCAUUCUGUCCUAAAAGUCUUGUUGAACUUAAAAUGACUUGGAGUCGAGUGGUAAAGCUCUGGGAUGGGGUUUUGGAUUUUGUGAAUUUAAAGAAAAUUGACCUCAGUUACUCCACGCAUCUGUUGGAACUCCCAGAUUUUUCGAUGGCGAAAAACCUUGAAGAAGUAGAACUCUCCAGCUGCAAGAGCUUGCGCAAGGUUCAUCCCUCUAUCCUAACCAUCCACAAACUUGUGAAACUGAACCUAUCAUACUGUAAAUCACUUACCAUACUUAGAGGUGAUGUCCAUUUAAGAUCCCUCAGUAAUCUUUCUCUUAGUGAAUGCUCAAGACUCAGGCAAUUCUCAGUGACAUCAGAGAAUAUGAAGAACUUAAGUUUGACAGGCACAUCUAUCAAUGAAUUGCCUUCGUCUGUGAGGCUUUUAAACAAACUUGAAACAUUAUACUUAGAUCACUGUAAGAACCUUAAGAAUCUUCCAAACAAGUUUUCUAAACUCAGUUCUCUUAGAGAACUUCGGAUCAUUGGUUGCAUCCAGCUUGAUGCAUCGAAUCUACACUUGUUACUCGAAGGCUCAAGGUUCCUAGAAACAUUGUUGUUGCAAGAUUGUCGUAAUUUAUUUGAACUUCCAGACAAUAUUAGAUUCUUAUCCUCAUUGCAGCAUCUAUCACUACAUGAAUCAGAUAUUGUGAAGUUGCCUGCAAGCAUCAAGCAUCUCCAACAACUUGAAAAGCUUAACUUGGGUAAUUGCAGGAAGCUUCAUUCUGUGCCCGAGCUUCCACCAUCCAUUAAAGAACUAUAUACCACUAAUUGCACUUCCCUGAAGAGAGUGAUGAUUUCUUCCAUGGCUGCUGAUCAAUUGAGAGAAAAAAUACGAGUGGGUUCUAGAUUUCAGAAUUGUGUAAACUUGGAUGAACAUUCACUUAGAGCUGUAGCAAUGCAUUCUCAUGUCAACAUGAAGAGAUUGGCAUAUGAGCAUUUAUCAAAUCUAGGACAAGGUAACAUCCUAGGUGGUCCAAUUGAUGUUAUUUAUCCAGGAAGCAAUGUUCCAGAGUGGUUCGUGAACAGGACAAGGCAGUCUUCAGUAACUGUGGACUUGUCUUCUGCUCCGCCGUCUUCCGUGUCUCUGGGUUUCAUCUUUUGUGUGGUUGUUUCUAGGUUUCCAUCAAACGACAAGAACUUUGUUGGGUGUGAUUGCUACUUGGAAAUAAAUGGUGAAAGGGACAUGAACAUGGGUGCAUGGACGAGCAUAAAUACUUGUGAAUUUAUGUCUGAUCAUGUAUGUAUAUGGUACGAUGAACGAUGUUGUCUGAAAACAAGUGAAAGCAUGGAAGCUGAUGAAAGCAAUAAUCUGAAGAUAUGGUUCGAGUUCUUUGCUCAGACUGGGAAUACCUGGGAGAAGAGAAGGGAUAUUGCGGUUAAAGAGUGCGGAGUUUGCCCCAUUUAUGACUCAGAAUAUCACACCUUCAUUGAAGAACUGGAGUUGAGGCCGCAACUGGGAUGGUUUGAUGAGAAUGAAGAUGAGGAAGAAGCAAUCCAUUUUGCACAGAAAUCCAAUCAACACAUGUGUCCACCUCUUCCAACUAAGACUAACUGGAAGACAUCGACACAGGGCUUGAAAGAUCUCAUCAACCUAUGACUGCUUCAAAGGAAGUAGUUACGAGAUCCGCAGAACGCAAGCGAUUUUCUUACAAAAAAAUUGCAUGAACAAUUGCUGAGGCAGAA